AUGGUGAGUAAAGCGCUCGUUUCGAAACUUGCGGGCUUCUCGUCGUGCGAGGUGGCCGAUGCCCUGAUCAAGCUCAAGCUGCCGCACGGCGGCUAUCUUCCCGGCAUCGACAUGUACUCGCCGCAGUUCAUGAGCGGCCAGACCUCGAUUUGCGGCCCCGCUUUCACCGUCCAGAUGGUCGACCAGCGCGAUACGAAUGCACCGAAACCACCCACGCACUUUGUAGACGCAGCCGAGCCCGAGUCUGUCAUGCUGAUCAGCACGCCGCCGACGACGCGCUCUGCCAUCUGGGGCGGGCUCAUGACGGCGCGCGCGCAGAGUCUCGGCGUCCGCGGCGUCGUCCUCGACGGCCGCUGCCGCGAUCUGGGCGAGCACCGUGCGAGUGCGUUUCCCGUCUUUGCGCGCGGCCACUCUAUUCUCGGCCAGUCGCCCUUCACACGCCCAUCGCAGCUCCAGAUCCCCCUCGAGAUCGCUGAUCCGAGCGUGCCGAUGGGCGCCGAUGGCAAGUCCGCCUUCCCUCCCGUUACUGUGUACCCCGGCGAUCUCCUGCUCGCCGAUGUGGACGGUGUAGUGAGCGUGCCGCAGGACUUGGUCGAACAGGUGGUCGAGCACGCCACGCAUGGGCGCGCAGUCGACGGUUUGUGCAUGCAAGAUCUGCGCGCAGGCCACGCCAUUCAGGCGACGUUUGCAGAGCGUCGUGGAAAAGCUAAACACUAG